AUGGGUCGGCUUGAUGGGAAGAUCAUACUGCUGUCUGCAGCAGCACAGGGGAUUGGACGAGCAGCUGCUAUAGCUUUUGCUAAAGAAGGAGCCAAAGUCAUUGCUACAGACAUCAAUGAGUCUAAGCUGCAAGAAUUGGAGAAAUAUCCAGGCAUUCAAUUACGGGUUCUGGAUGUCACCAAAAAGGAGCAGAUAGAAAAUCUGGCCAAGGAGAUUGAAAGGAUUGAUGUCCUCUGUAACAUUGCAGGGUUUGUUCAUCAUGGAACCAUUCUGGAGUGUGAAGAGCAAGACUGGAACUUCACUAUGAACCUCAAUGUUCGCAGCAUGUAUCUAAUGAUCAAGACGUUCCUUCCUAAGAUGCUUAAACAGAAAUCUGGAAAUAUAAUAAAUAUGUCUUCUGUGGCAUCCAGCAUUAAAGGUGUUGUGAAUAGAUGUGUAUAUAGUGCUUCAAAGGCAGCAGUUAUCGGUCUAACAAAGUCUGUGGCUGCUGAUUUCAUUGAACAAGGCAUCAGAUGCAACUGCAUAUGUCCUGGAACUGUUGACACACCAUCUUUACAGGAAAGAAUCCAAGCCCAGCCUAACCCAGAACAGGCAUUGAAAGACUUUCUAGCCAGACAGAAGACUGGUAGGAUGGCUACUGCUGAAGAAGUGGCCCAUCUCUUUGUGUACUUGGCCUCUGAUGAAUCUGCCUACGUGACUGGUAAUGAACUAAUCAUUGAUGGAGGAUGGCGCUUGUGAUUGACCCUACCUGCAAAUGGAAAUUCAUAACAUGAAAGGCAAAAAGUGAGGAUCAUGUUUCUCAGUUAAGAUAGCUUGCAAAGAUUUAGAUCAUGCACGUGAUGUCUUUCAAAACAAAUUUGGUGCAUUUUUACUGCUAUAUGAUCUCUUUCUAGAAUGAUCUUACUGAUUCACUUUUCCCUAAAUAGUGAAACACGGGACUAAAACAUACUUCAUGUGGCUUCAAUUUCUGGUAACUCCAAAAACAUGAAAGAAUAGCAAUUUAACGUUUAAGAUUUCAGAGGGCAAAGAAUAUUAUUUAAGGUACAAAAUCUGAGUUGUGUUUUAAGCAAAUCUGGAUGAAAGGAAAGUAUUUGGAAGCUAAACGUUCACAAUUAGAUUUCCUACUAGCAUUGACAGACUAUCCAGAGAAAACAGAGCAACUACUAUUAAAUCAGCCAAACAGAUCCUGAACUAAAUGCAGUUUAAACAGAAGAAAAAAGAAUAGUAAAUUUGACGAUUAGAAUGUUUGAAUCAUUUUGUUACUGGUAAUAGAUGUUUCUAUAUUAGAGAACAUACUAGUUGCAAAUUGUACUUGAAAGCACAUUCUGCUUUGCAAAUUACAAAGUAAGUUCUUUCUGCUCUGUACUAUUGUUAGCAAAAUGUUUUAGAACUGUAAUAGCUGUAGAAAAACAGUCUGAAUUGUUGAAAAGAAUAUGUCCCAAGCCUGACAACGCUUACAUAUCCAAAGCGGGCAGUGCAAGACAGUUAAACACUGUAGAUACAUGGUGUAUGGGCACAUGAAACUUCCUGCGUAUACAACAAAGAGUGUACAUGCACAGCUGGUUUGUGCAACUGCAAUGUCCAUUUUCCAGAUUCUGGACAAGUUAGGCUGUCGGAAUCUGGAAAAGCAGUAGCGCAAAAGGGAGGACAACAGAUUACCAUUAGAAGCAGUAGGAUUGGCCACUUUGUGGAGUUUGGGAGGGAUUUUUUGUUUAAGCACAUAACCACUAUAGACACUGUCUUCAUGAAGCAGAAAUGAUGGAGAGGAGCCUGCUCUAAUGGUUAAGACUAAAGCUUAUAGCAUGGAGAGAGCAUAGAGAAUUACAUAUAGUUUCACAAUCAGUUAGAAAAUGAGUACAUUAACUAGUACAAAAGAGGUCCUAGUGGAAGAAAUAGAGACCAGAACUGUUUCAUUAAUAGUAUAGAUCACUCCUAAAAUUAUGUUGGAAGUAUCAUUACUAUAUCUUUUUUUUUUUCUCUCCGUCCAUGUACAGAAAGUACUAUGCAAGGACAUCACUCUGGUAGGCAUGAAUGGGGGUAUAUGUGGGAGAACUAUUCUUAAAUGUACGGGUGGAUCUUCAUGAAUGCGCUUGUCUUCUGGCACACAAGCAAAAGGAGUGGAUUUUACCACUCUAGACAGAGCCAAUAUGUUCAUUUUCAAAAGGAUGUACUAAUAUUAGACAAAUACUGUCAAAUCUGUAUGCUAGGUGCUAGGCUUUGGUAUUCUAUUGCUUGAUUCUCAAAUACCAAUACAGUUCAUGCUAAAGCACAAGGCUAAGUUUCUCUGAAAAGGACUGUUUCUACAAGAGUUUGUGUUGAUGUUUUUAUUGUGAUAGCACAUGGUAGGUUUGAUUUAUGAAUCAGAAACCUAUUACCAUAAAGUCUCAUACUCUGGGAGAAAACAUAGAUCCUGACCCGGAGAUCUAAGGCAAUGAAUAACCUGAAUUCCAAAACUAUUUGUUUUGCUAACAUACUGUUAAAAUUAACUUGAAUGACACGGGCUGACUGCCUAUAAAUAUGGUCACCUUAAAAAA